GAAUCAUUCGAAUUGGAAUUGAAUUUGUAACUGGAGUUGGAGUUCAGAGUACUUGGUACUGGGUGUGCGAGAGCGACAGAGAGGAAGAGAGGCAGUGCAAGUGUGUGGGGGUAGCAGUCACACAGGCACACACACACACACACGCACAUACUCACAACUCCAGUGCAUAAAACUCCAAACUGCGUUCGCCUCUCUCUUUUCGUUUCGUUUGCUCUCUCCCCUACGUUCGCCCACGCAACGCCUGGUGAGCGAGAGAGAGCGGUAUAGAAGAGCAAGGGAGCCAGAGCGAGAGAGCAAGGAAGUGGUUUUUCCACCGAAAAUAUGGACAAAGGCAAACUGCAAAGUUAGCUGAAAAUAAAUAAAAAUAUAAAAAAAAAGGAACGAGACACAAACAGCGACUGAAAUAGCGGUUAACUGCGCUCCCUUACGGCGAAUCGUUGAAAUUCAAGACGGAUCGCUAUCGCAUUUCUUCAAUUAUGUCUGUUUCGCUUUUCAUUCCGCUGCAGUAAGCGAUCGCGCGAAGGAGCACCAAUACAGAGAGCGAGAUUUGAAGAGAGAGAGAGAGAGAGAUAGAGAGUGCGCUCCCAAUUGACGACUCCACUCCACUCCCACACACACUUAACCCCGCCCCCUCGCACCCGUAAUUACUAUGGAUUGUGGUGGUAUUGCGGCACAUCAGCAACAACAAAUACAACAGCAACAACUGCACUUACUCCAGCAACAGCUACAACAACAACACCACCAGCAGCAGCGGCAACAACAACAGCACAGCCUCGAGGAAGCAGCAACAAUAACAAAUAUCAACCUAAGGGGCAUCUUGGUCGGCGGCGCUGCCAGCGGCGCAGGAGUAGCAGGAGCAGCGGCUGGUGGUGCGACGACGACGACGACGACCGCCGCUGGCUUCGUGGCUGGUGGAGAUUGCCCUGUGAUCGGCGCCGGUGCUGGCGCUGGCGUCAAGCUGCGCAGGCACAGCGAUCGUCCCCUGACGCCGGAGGCCAAGCAGCUCUCUCACACAUACCGCAUCUCGAUGGCCAACCUGGAGGAUUCGCAGGAGUCGGAGCUGGACCAGAUCCUGGGCGAGCUGAGUCUGCUGGAGGCGCAAAUUAGCUACACCGAGGCCUCCAUGCUGCCCGCCAUGUGUGCUCCAAGUGCGGGCGCUCAGAUAGCACCGCCACCGGGAGUGGCCCAGCUGCCGGGCAGUGCUCCAUCGAUGGUCUCCAUGUCGGCAGCAUCCUCGCGUUCCCAUUCGCGCACCAACAGCACCAUCUCAGCAGACGUAAGCAGCUGCUCGUCGUCGGGGAUCUCGGAGAAUGGACACGGACUGGGAAUGGGAAUUGGCGGGCCCGGGUCGGCCGGAAUGAUGGUGCAGCCACCGCCACCGGGCGGCAUGACCAUGGGAAUAACGCUGGGUGUUGUCACGCCCCGGGAGCCGCGCACCGAAUCGCCAGACAAUGAUUCCGCUUUCAGCGACACCGUUUCGCUGCUGUCCAGCGAGUCGUCGGCCUCCUCGAACACAUCCCUGCAGCAGCAGCAGCAGCAACAACAGCACCAACAGCACCAGCAGCAGCAGAAACAACAGCUGGCCGGCGCGGAGAAACUACACCACGGCGUCCAUGGGCAGCACGGUGGCCAGCAGAGUGGGGCCAACAGCAUCACGAAGGCGGACAAGAUCCAGUUGGCACUGCAUAAGCUGGAAAGCGCCCCCAUCCGUCGGCUGUUUGUCAAGGCCUUCACCUCCGACGGUGCCUCCAAAUCACUGCUGGUUGAUGAGCGCAUGGGCUGUGGCCAUGUAACACGACUUUUGGCCGACAAGAACCACGUGCAAAUGCAGUCCAACUGGGCGUUGGUCGAGCACUUGGGCGAUCUGCAGAUGGAACGCCUCUUUGAGGACCACGAGCUGCUGGUGGACAACCUGAUGACGUGGCACUCAGACGCCGGCAACCGAGUGCUCUUUCAACAGCGUCCGGACAAGGUGACGCUUUUCCUGCGGCCGGAGCUCUACUUACCCGGACCCCAGAUGGCGCCCGGAUGCCAGCAUGACGAGCAGACGCGGCAGAUGCUGCUCGACGAGUUCUUCGAUUCGCACAACCAGCUCCAGAUGGACGGACCGCUUUACAUGAAGGCGGACCCAAAGAAGGGCUGGAAGCGAUAUCAUUUCGUGUUGCGCUCCUCGGGCCUCUACUACUUCCCCAAGGAGAAGACCAAGAACACGCGCGACCUGGCCUGCCUGAAUCUGUUUCACGGCCACAACGUGUACACUGGAUUGGGCUGGCGCAAGAAGUGGAAGUCGCCGACUGACUACACCUUUGGCUUCAAGGCGGUGGCGGACUCUUCGCUGGGCAAGUCGUGUCGCUCCCUCAAAAUGCUGUGCGCCGAAGACCUGCCGACGCUGGACCGCUGGCUGACGGCCAUCCGCGUCUGCAAGUACGGCAAGCAGCUGUGGGACAGUCACAAGUCGCUGCUCGAGGAUCUCUGCCUGAGCCGCGACGAUGCCGUCUCGCAGUCGAGCUUUGCAGCCUCCAUGCGCAGCGAGUCCAUCUCGAGCAUCUCCUCGGCGGUUCCGUCGCAGUGCGGCAGUGUUUCCUCGGCCAUCAGCAGCAUGUCCAACUCGACUAGCGGCCGCACAUCGCGCGCCUCCAGCAGCAGCUCCAGUGGCUGCCUCUCGGACGACAACAACGCCUUCGACUCCGAGUUCACCACUGGCACCAUUAAGCGCAAGCCCUCGAUGAAGCCCAAUCUCCCGCUGACCACGAUGACACGCCAGCUGAAGGAGGUGGGCGAGAUCACCAUCUGUGAGAGCGCAGGUGGCGAUGCCAGUUCCCCGGAGCGCAGUGGUACUCUAACGCGCCGCCAUAGUCGUCGCAAGUCGCAGGAGAGCAACGGCAGCGGCACGCUAAAGCGCCGCCCGAUUGCCGUGCCGGUGGCCACUGUUGUCAAGCAGACGGAGCCAAUGGGCAGCGCCUCGUCGACGUCGUCCAGCAGCAACUCUACGCCCACGCCCACACCCAGCAUAUGCGCCAAACCGCCGCCAGGCGAUUCGGCCUCGCUGAUGUGUUCGUCUACCCUGUCUUUGGAUUCGCUGCCUCCGCCACCUCCGCCGCCCGCUUUGGAUGGGUCGGAGGAUCAGGAUGUGUACGGGUCACAGCUGUCGCUGGCCUCACUGCCACCACCGCCUCCGCCCGAGGAUGUGCUGGCAAUGAACUAUGCAGAACCCUCCAGUCCGUCUACGCCCACACCAAUGAGCACUCCAAUGAUCAUGCCCAACAGCAACGGAUCGUUGCCCCCGGCGGUGCCGGCCAAGCCCAUGAAGCCAGCAGUGAAGCAGGCGGCGGGCGGUCUCAAGGCCGCGCCACCAUACAAGGCGCCGCCGGAUUACGUGGGCCCAGCCCUGCUGCCUGGGCCGCCAUUGCCGCCGCCGCCUCCCGCCCAGAAAAAGGUCUCGUUUGCAGACUCUCCGGUGCUGCUGCGUCGCAAGAUGUGCUCACCGGAACCCGUGCUGCCCCAGCGAUCGCCCAGCACCACGCUCAGCUGUCAUUCCAGCUCCAGUGCAGGAUCGGCCUACCAGACCUACGCGCCCGGGCCUAUGUUGCCGCCGCGUGCUGAUGUGGCGCGCCUGUCCAGCCUGAGUAACGGCAGCAGCAGCGAGGUGACCUCGCCCAAGCGCCUGCAGGAGUCGGCCUCGAAUCCGCCCCGCGACUUUCUCAAGGAUCUGCAGCGCGUGAUGCGCAAGAAAUGGCAGGUGGCUCAAAAGUGCAAGGCGGAGCCAGCGACGACGCCGCAUGAGGUCCUGGGCUUCCGGGACUUUAGCAACGAGGACCUUCUGGCCGCCCACAACCUCAACUCUGGGGCCAACUCCUCGCACUACUACCGCGAGACGGCCAACGUGAGCCACUGGGUGAGGAAGCACUACGAGUAUGCCCACAAUGCGCUCUACGAGAACGUGCACGCCCAGGCGGCGGCGGGAGUGCCUGGGAGUGGAGAAGCCACCACGCCUCCGCUCCCACCACCGCCUGGUAAUUCAGUGGCAGCUAAAAAACGUCCGCCGCCGCCGCCUCCGAAGCGGAGCGACAAGACGCACCUGACCAACCGGGUGUAAUGGCAUCGCAGGAGAAGAGUGAAACCGCUUGCUUACCGAGAUCCUCGUUCUCCAAAGGAAGGAUUUUCGUACAGGAUCACAGUUAUGCACUCGUCUGAAAGAAAGCAGAGAAAAGAAUCUUACAAAUUCCUAUUUAAGUCCAGGCGACAGCGGAGCGAGAUGGAAAACCACUAAUUAAAACCUACAUAUAUAUUUUCUUAGAAUAUGCUAUGGCCACGCCCACUUCUCUCACAAAAGUAUUACACAUCAUAGAGAAUCAAACUGUUGAACUUGAUCGCAGUUCGGGGUCAAACCACGUCAAAAGUGUCAACAAGAGAGUUUUCAAAUUUCCAAUGGCAGGCGUCCACAAAGAACCUUUUUGCUUUUAAUUGUAUAUCUAAAUUGAAAACCUCGUCUUGUAUAUUUUUAAAAACCUUUAAUUUUAAGAAUACCUUUACCAGAGUCAAUAGUUUUGAGUAUCUCCCCUAACAUAUUUUUGUUGGCACUCUUGACUUGGUUUGAUUCAUAAUCUAUAUUUUAAUUUUGAAAAUCAAAAAACUUCUGCGGCACUGGCCUGCGGAAUUAAAUGCGAAAUGCAAAAUAGGAAUUCUGGCAUUAGUAAAAAUAUUUAAGAUACAUUUUAGUUUGUAAAAAGGAAAAAUGCAUUUUAGAAACGAUAGUGCAUUAUUUAAAGAACACUAAAUUAGCGCUAGAUAAGUGUACAAUGUUUUUAUAUAUACAUGCACUCUUUUAAUUGUUUAGUUGCUCGUAGUAUUGAUUUUAUACAUUAUCUAUUUUUUUUGCGAUUAUCUUUGUAACGGUAGAGUGAACGUUUUGUGAGCGCAUGAAAUGCGCUGCGCUAGCAAAAGGAAAUGCCUUAUAAAGCAUAUUAACCUAAAAAGGGGAAGCCCUGCAUAAACACCUAAUAUACAUAUAUACAGCGAUACUAUUCUCAUUUUCGAAAUUUGUAAUGCCACUUUGAUUGUUCAGUUUAAGAAACCAAAUGCUUAGUUUCAAAAGAUUUGUCAAGUUCCUCAAUAGUGUUAAAGUUGUAUUUCUCUUUGUGCUUGGAAAAGCAGACAGAUCGGCCAUAGAAUGCAAUUUGUAUGUGCAAAUCAAACUAUUUAUAUUGAAGGCAAUAGGAGAAAAUGGAACUAAUUCUGUACACAAAUCAAAUAUGUAUUCAUAUAGUAAUUGUAAUUGUAAUAAUAUAUAAAUUAAUAUACUUGGCAACAUUUCGUUUGCGAAUUUUGUUUUUCAGCAUAUAAUUUUUGAAGCGUUCCUAUAGGUUCAAUUUUUAUAUGCAUACAUUAUGAACAACUUUCGGCUAAGCUAAAUGGCUUUUGAUUCUAUAUAAUCGAUGCAAUAAUCGAACCGAUUUGUUUAGCAAACCUAUCCCCAGGCGAUAGAAUGUCAUUUAUCGAUUGUGUAUUGAUUGUAAUUUGUAAUUUGUACUUUGUAAUUGUUUUUGUGUAGUAACUUGUUUGCCAUUUGUUUUGUGUGUAUGUUUGUGUACAGCCAGAAACAGCCAUAUAUGUAUAUCCAUAACUAUAGGAACAUAUAUGUACGUGCGUGUGUGCAUUUUAAAUCAGCUUAGAAAUGUCCUUGCUGCAUAAAUUGCAUGAAUGCAUAUAUGAUUCUAUACUAUAUGAGGUUUUGUUACGUUUACACCGGCUUGUGUGCUGCGAUCAAGUAGUGAUCGGAAUCCAUCGACUAAACUUCAACUUCGCCUUCUCUCUCCAGCCAUCCUAGAAGUGUUCGGACUCCAGUCCCCCAGAUACCCUGCAUCCGCCAGAUAAGCCUGCUUUUGUUUGUUGCCCAUCCCGUGUCACAGAUAGAUAGAUCCCUCCCUGCGCGAAUAUGUGGAAACGUUCGUUUCUGUAAACGAAUGUAAACGAAAAGAAUCUUAGUUGGGUGUUAUUAUGGUGAAAUUGCAUUUUACUUUCCUACAUAUACAACACUAAAGGGUAUUAUGCAUAUAGAUCUAGAUGUAAACAUACUUAAAUAAAGGAAAUGCCAAUUUUUUAAAGCUUGAAUUUAUACGAACAUAUUUUUUAGAAACUAUACGCUAUAUAUAUAUACAUUAUAUAUGGUAGGAACACAAGGAUGUGCCAUAGGCGCCGUCGUCGUGUCGAAACAAAAAAAAAGGGGAUCGGAAAACCCGCAACGUUUUUUGCUAAGAGUGUAUUGAAAUCUAAAAAGAACCUAGUCAUUAAGUCCACGAUAAAAAAGAAAGUACAUUAAAAGCUAAAUAAAUUUAUAUAAAAUGACACGCAUAUACACAAAUGUAUGUUAUUAAUGGCAAAAGAUAAAUCUAGAAACCUGAAUCUAGAAACUUACUCCAUGCUUUAGCUACAGAAAGCAUUUUAAAUCAUUUUUGUUUGCCAUCUUUUACACAUGAUUUGUUUCCGUUUUGUUUGCUUACACGUUUCGAACUGAAUGUUUAAACAAUUAAGUAAUGCAGUGAAUUAAAGCGAGGUUCAACUAAAAGAACAGAAAUCAAACACAGAACAGAAUCCUAAUUAUGCUAAAUAAGCAAAUAAGCAAACUCAUAUAUUGCAGCCCAAACUAAAACUAAAUGAAAAAGACUACUUACUCACUGGAGGUGGAUUAAAUAAGUAAGUUAAUUACUAUAUCGCCGACACAUUCAGAAAUCAUUCAUAUGCAUUAACUACAAAUUUACAAGUACAGCAACGGAAAACUACGACAUCUAACUAAUGAAAUCAAAGGAAAAUUCAAUCUAAUAAGUAAAACCAGAAAUUCUUUGCAGGGCUAUUAUAUAGUGAACAAUGUUGCCAUUUGAUACCACUUUUUUCCACAAAUAAAACACAUUUGAUAUGAAAAUAUAUAUUACUAUAUAUACCUUAUAUUCCGCAUCAAAUGGAAUUUUUUGUAAUUUUGAUAGAAACAUUCAAAACGUAAUUAAAUCGAAAGCGAGCAACAAAAACUGUGCGAAUGAAACGUGUUACGAAAACUAUGAAAAAUAAAUGCGAGAAAUGCCUAAGAAAAAUUUGAACUAAA